GUCCGGUCUCCUAGCAACAACUCCUGAAUGCUGGGAACCGCUCCUCUCCCACCAUUCCUGCCCACAACCCUUUAGUUUGCUGCCAGCAAAGCCCCUCCACUCCCCUCAAACUUCAGACUCGCCACCUCAAUUUACUGUUGUCUUCGACCUCACUCCAACAAUUUGCUCUGAAUCAACCCCUGUCCCUUGUCUUCCAAGUCUCUGAGUUUCUCUCUCCUCCUAUCAUCCUGGGUUCUAUCAUUUCUAGGAGCCGCCAAAGCUGUUAAGCUCCUCUUCCUUCCUCUCCCCUCUCAGACCGCAGCCUUUUAUUUUAGAUUAUGCCUGGAGCUAAGCUUGCCCAGCAUCCAGAGGAAGGGGGCUUCUGCAUUACUGAAGCCCUCAUCACUAAGCGGAACUUGACCUUCCCUGAGGAUGAAGACCUGUCAGAGAAGAUGUUUCACACUCUUGCUGAACUGCAGACUGUCCGCCUAGACCGGGAAGGGAUUACCAGUAUCAGGAACUUAGAGGCCCUCCAGAGUCUUCACAGCCUCUACCUGCAAGCGAAUAAGAUCCAGCGAAUUGAGAACCUGGCUUGUGUCCCCUCCUUGCGCUUCCUGUCUCUGGCAGGAAACCAAAUCAGGGAGGUGGAAAACCUGGUCGACCUCCCGUGCCUCCAGUUUCUGGACCUUUCUGAGAACCUGAUAGAAACACUGAAGCUGGAUGAGUUCCCCCAAAGCCUGCUCAUCCUCAACCUGACAGGAAAUAGCUGCACCAACCAGGAUGGCUACCGGCAGCUGGUGACAGAAGCCCUGCCGCUGCUCCUGGACCUGGACGGGCAGCGUGUGUUGGAGCGCUGGGCCUCGGACGACGAGGAUGAAGCCUCGGGCAAGGAGGAUGAGGAGUUUCCAGAGCUGAGUGGCCCAUUCUGCUCAGAGCGAGGCUUCCUCCAGGAGCUGGAGCAGGAGAGGAGCAGGCACCAGGCACACAGGCAGCAGGCAGCCCUGACAGAGCACCUGCUGAGGAUGGAGACCCAGCCUGUUCUCACAGACCUGCCCCUGCUGCCCACAGUGCCCAUGGCUGAGGACAGCAGCCCUUCUGUCACUCCCAGGCAAGGGAAGGAGACACCCCCUGAGGCUGCCUCCUCAUCCGAGGCAUCCUCACCCACCAAGAAAGCAAGCACUCUGGUUCCCAGGGGCUGGCAAAGUUCUGUCCAGGCAAAGAAGGGUGCCCAGGCAGCUGCAGCCCCCAAGGCCUCUCUGGUUGGGGUGCCCAGAACAACCAAAACUACAACCAAGAGAAUCAAGCAAUAAUUCUCUGUCAGCCCAUCUCUGCAAGUGGGGUCUGCCCUCCUUCUCAGAUCCCUCACCUGUAGCAGGAGCUCAUCCCCAGUAAAGCAUCUCUGAGCCUUGAA